AUGGAUCUACCUGAAAUUUAUAACUACCAUAUAGCAUUCGAUCCGGCAUCGUUUGAUGUCAACCAAACUACAAAAUUGCUUGAUGUGGAACGAGCUUGUCGAGGUCGUCCACGACGCAAAAUUAUUUCAACCUCGCUUCGAUAUGAAUCAAUCCCAUUUAAUGCGCAUUUGGCCCUUUCAGCUUUAACUUUGAUUGGUUUUACUUUGUUAUUUUUAUCAUACUGGAUUUUCGCUCACGUAAUUACUUGGUAA